UGCCCAGCCAGCCGGUCUGGCCACAGCGUAACUGUUCACGGACACAAGCUCACGGCGCAAAUUCUCUACCUACGUUGUAUACGCUACUGAUCCGCCAAACCACGGGAACUUGUAUCUUCGCGAAAACAAAUAUACAAUCGGCAUCAUGGUUUACUUACCACGAAAAUGGCGCAAACAAAACCUCUUUUAUAUUCUGAUGGCUAUUGAGCUUCCCAUUACUAUUGUCAUCCUCACAUUCACUGGGAUUGCGUCCCACGAUCUAUACCGGACCAAAUUAUGGCAAGAUGGAGCAGACAAUGGCUUCAACAGUUCUCCCGAUGAGAUUCUCUAUGCUGCCGCGAAUCAUAGGCCCUAUAAAGUUCCUAUGGUCUGGGGCUCUUUCAUAACGAAUUACAAUCUAGUCCUCGGUGUUUUGAGCACCUUCAUUUUGAUAACCAAACUCCCUCUCCAUAUCCUGCGGAUUUUUUACCCCCCUUUGUCAGUGUUCGUCCACGUGGGACUGUUCAUCGUAUAUAUCGUGUCGGCCAGUUAUCAAGCUGGUUCUGACAAGUCGGAUCCUAAGCAUAUACAAUCUGGCCCGCCAUGGUAUAUUACGAAGUCGUGCAGUGUUGCUUCGAAUAAAGAUAAUAUCGGCUAUUGCCAACAAGCCAAGGCGCUCUUUGGUUUUACUAUCAUUAUCAUUGUUCUUUAUUUUGUCGAAAUCAUCGUGAGCCUCCACUCCUCCUGCUUCUUGACCAAGGAGGAAAAGGCAGAGCGCGAUGAACGCCGCGAAGAAAAGAGAACCAUGAAGGAGUACGAAGAUAUGGUUCUCAGAACCCCCAGAACGUUCCCCAUGAUGAGUCCUGCGCUGCCUUCAGGGGGUGCUACGCAGAUGAUGCCUACCAUGUCGUCACGAAGCCCUGAAUUCAGUACCUUCGGGAGUGGAUCGUCGGAUCUCCCGCUCCGGGACCAUUUCAGCACACCAAACCCUCGUCCGCCAAAACAGCAAGAGUCAUCGGAAACCUUGGCACCGGGGAACCAACCUCAGAUGUACUUUCCGCCACCUCCUAAGAAGGCGGCUAAGGUGUGAAUGUACUUGGAAGUCCGUAAACUGCCCUUGAAAAUCUAAUAUCAACACGCUCAUAUGAGAGCCACUUAUAUUUCUAUCUCACUUCCCGCUUAGCGAUCGAUUUGCAUGAACCGGGUGUUUUUUAGUCCUCGUUAGGGCACUGGCAGGAGGAACUCAUGAAUGCUCACGUAUUAUGUUUGGACCUUUUCUUUUCAUGUCAUUUUCCCUAGCUGUCAUCUGUUCAUUAUACCAUUAUCGCGACAAGAGCAACUGCCAUAGCUGACUGGCUAAUCAUGCCCACUUCCAAUCUGAUUGAAUACAAAAAAGAUAGUA